AUGGCGUCGUCGUCUCUCAUGUAUGUCUCUCCUCCAGAGUCUAUCCUGUGGGAGAAACGUUCGAAGGCGAUUCUUGAUAAUAUAAAGAAUUUUGAAGCUGAUUUCAUCUGUCUACAAGAAGUAGACGAGUACCAUAGUUUUUUCGAUAGAAACAUGGAAGCUCAAGGAUACUCUGGAAUUCCUAUUGAAAAUAAAGAAGGCUAUGAAUGCGCAAUCUUUUUCAAGCCCAAAUUUGCAGAGUUCAUUACAUACCAAACAACCAGAAUCCAAGGAUACACCAAAUAUGAAAACCUUUGCGUGGCGCCGAGUAGUAGUACCGUAAGUAGUGAGUCUAGUGACGUUGUUAACGCUGAAGAGCUUUCUGUGGUAAUGGUAGCGUUCAAGAUUUUAAAACCAUUUAAUCAUGUCGUUAUUAUUGCAAGCUCUCAUUUAAAAUCCGGGAAACCUGAUCGAUGGGAUGAUUUAAAGCUAGCUCAAGUCAAGACUCUAAUGACUGAAUUAGCCUCGUUCAAGGAGAUUAUAUCAGCGCUAACAAAUUGCAGUCCAUCGGUGAUCCUUGCUGGUGACUUCAAUUCGAAACCCUACGUGCAUAAAUACAUAAAUUCAGACAAUAUACCGUCUGAUAUUGAUCUACGAAGUGUGUAUGAAUUUACGAAAGGAGAGCCAAGGUUCACAAAUAAUGUGCCAGGGUUUGCUGAAACACUCGAUUACAUGUUCUACACGCAUUCUGAAAUUAUUUCUCCUGUGAAGCUCCUGGAUUCGCCGGACGAAGUCGAUUUCUUACCCAAUGAAAUUCAUCCGAGUGAUCAUUUACCCAUCGGCGUUGAGUUUGAGAUCAACCGAAACAUAUAG